UAUAUGGUAGAUUUCAUAUCACAUAAUGACAAGUCAAACACUUCCCAAGUGUUUUGGACUGUGUGAUGUAUUUUCGGUUGAUGUGUGCAGAUCCCAGUAAGAAGGCCUUUUGCAGUUGACAGAUCGUAAUUUUGUCAAUAUUUAUUGUUUCCAAAUGCCACCUAAGAUCUUUUGGCAUGGCACCCAGUGUGCCGAUUACAACCUGGACUGUUUUAUGCCAGAGCUUUGCCGUUCGAUUUUGAGGUCCUGAUAAUGGCUGAGUUUUUCCUGUUGUUUCUUCUUCUUCUUCUUCUUCUUCUUCUUCUUCUUCUUCUUCUUCUUCUUCUUCUUCUUCUUCUUCUUCUUUGUCUUCUGGAGCCCAUGAAGUUAUUGAAGCAUUGCACAAAACAUGGAUUUUAAAGAAAGAAAUUGAGAAUUCCUAGUGACCCACGUGAACUGGAAAAAAGAAGACUCUGCCUAGUCAAUUUAAAACUCCAAAACACACAACUGAGAUUUUAGUAGAAAGAAUCAGUUCUUUGGGAAUUCUUUACUGAGAGAUCUCAUAUCUCAUUUGAAAUAAAUAUGUCUAGGAGGUCCUUUUUCAAUGGCUGCAAUUUUGCAAAAUGUGAAAGUCAUAUUUUGCAGAAAACUUUUAAUUAUGGGGAAUUCUAGCAAAUUAGUUGUUUGUUGCAACUAUGUGAACACACAUAUGUCCCACAAAUGCUGAUGAGCUACUGGUUAAGCUUAUCAGAGAAUCAGAGAACCAAAGUGUUGGAAGAGACCUUGUGGAAGAGACCUCGUGGGCCAUCCAGUCUAACAAGAGGCAGGAAAAUCACAUUCAAAGCACAGAGAGAAACAUUAUGAUCAAAUCAUUUCUGGGCUGGGGAAUGGCAGUGACAAUGUGGCCGAUGUUUUCUAUUGAAUUUCUUAUUUCCAUGCUAGAGAGACUGCUGACUGAAUUCUAAUAUGGACCAUGGCAAUUUCCCCAUAAAUGCCUGUCCUGUUGGCUUACGUUCCAAGUAAUUCCUAAUGCUGAGUUAGGCUUGAUGAUAUAAAGUGAAGAUUUCACAUGAGCUUUCAAAUGUAGAAAAAUGUUUUGAAUCACACAGGAGAUUUGAGAUGCAUCCUGUGAAAGGUGCCGGAUCAAGAUCUCAAAUAUUGGUCUUCCUGAUAAUGGAUUUCCUGGAAGUCUCAUUGUUAAACCAAUCUAACCCCCACUCUUGUAGAAUAAUAUAAAGCACCUCUCCGAUUCUUUAUAUCUGAAGUUGUUUUCUCACUGCUGGAUGGAGAAAAUCCUCUGGAAGCAGAGAACUGAGUAUUUCCCGCAGUCUAGAAGGAGAACAUCCCAAUCCUUUCAACUUGCAUUUGGGAGCAAACAGAUGUAACUGGAACAAGGUAGGAUAGUCUGUACAAUAACUUUUUUUCAUCCUGCAAAAUUCUUCCUUUCUCUGGUUCACCCAUGCCCAUCUCCCUUCACAUUAACCAGUUAAACCCUGCAGAGAAUUUUAGUUAACCGUUAUGGUUCUCAAAAUGAUAUAGAUCCAAAUAGAAGGGCUUUACAUCAGAUUCACCCCUCACCUUCUCUAUUCUGUUCUAGUUCUUAUGUCCACUAAUUUUGAAAUCUGACAAGGCAAAGAGAUGCUGGACUUGGAAACUUCAUCCUGUUCAGAUCUUUCCCCAAAAUGGCCACUUCUUUCAGCACACGGUCAUGCAAUAGGAAAGGGGGGCGAGGGGGUAGCAAUACCUUCCAUUGACUGAUAAAUAGAUGGAACUGGCCAUUUACUCACACAGCAGUGACAUUUAGUCAAAGGCUACAAUUUCCUCACCCACAGAAGUGUGACACACACUUCAAAGACCAAUACACCUGACCCAUCCCUUGACUGGAACAUAUUUAAUUCAAAAUAGUUUUACUUUCUUUUUAUUCCAUCUUUCUCUGCAUAUAGGACCCAAGUUGAUUGUGAACAUUUCUGAAAUUUCUAUAGCUAUUUUUGAAGAGGUAGACAUUUCAGAAUGUGUUAUAAAAUUUCUUGCUUUAUUUGUAUUGAUCAUGCUUGAAACUUCUGUUAUUCCAUUCUUAGUUUCAUCAUAUUUUUUUUAAAAAAACUGCAUGAAGUCAUUUUUAAAAUGUUUCUCUUUCUAAACAACCUUGAAUCCCAGACUGGAAAUUCCAGACAUAGAGUUACAUAGAUAUUGAUAGUUUAUAACUAUUUCCCUCUUAUUUAUCAUUGGUUUAUGUUUGUUCAGGUUGUUUUGUGGCAAAGCACUGCAAUGAUAAUCAGAUUUUAUAUUCUGAAAGAUAAAAAACCAAGAAACCUUUAUAGGCCUUAAGAAAGUCUGACAAAGGUACAAACAGUAAACCAUAGGCAUUGAAGUUGUAUGAUGUGCCAUUUGUAAGGCGGGGGUAUGAAUUCAGUGAAGUUUUAAAAAGUCAGAGGAAACUACAUUCAAUCCAAAACCUGCACUUUGUGCACCUUCCUUAUAGAGCAUUAUGUAUUUCAAUCUCUUCUGCUUGAUUUUAUUUUAAAAUUCACCAGAGAGGCUUAAGGCCACUUAAACAAGGCCUACAAAACCUAUGGCCCUCCAGGUUCUUAGGACCUUAGGUCAGGCUCCCUCCUGACCUUUAGGAGACAGAUAAAGACCUGCCUGUGGAACCAGGCAUUUGGCCCAUCAUGGGAAUAUUUAAAGUUAAAGUGAAAGUUGAAAGUGCAAUGACCCAGGACUGUUUAUGGACAACGGCUAUGUCUUUGUGUGAUAUAUGAUGUUAUUUUAUGUGAUGUAUUCAAUAAUGUUUGAAGUUUUAUUAGGGGAGGGUCAACUUUGAUAUUUUAUGCUGUUUUUAAUCAAUGGCAUUGAAUGUUUACCAACACUGUGAACCACCCUGAGUCCCCUUCGGGGUUGAGAAGGGUGGUAUAUAAAUACCACAAAUAAAUAAAAUAAAUAAAUAGAUGACUUGAUGCUGCACCAGUGACGUUCCACCUUCAUCAUAAGCCUGGCUAUUACUUCCUAAGUAGUGCAGACUUUCUGCUACCCUUUGAAUCAGUGACUAGAAGCAGAGCUGGACCUAGAAAGCCCCCUCACCCACCAGAACAAGGGCACUGUAUGCAAGGAACUAUGUUCAGAAAAAUAGGUAGCAAGAAAGUACUCCGUGGAAAUAACUCCAGCCUGUGGGUGUUCAAAUCAUUAUUCUGCUGGGGGUGAGAAAGCAAUUCUCUCUCUUGUAUCUUCUCUUAUACUCCAAAAUAAACCCGCAUCUAUGAUUUACCUAAGCAUGAAUACAAGAGAAGAAAAAGACUCAAGAAUGUAAGAUGAUUGUUCAUUAUUCUGCUGCAGAGCUGGAAAGUAAUUUUUCCUUUGUCUCUUCCCUUGUAGGAGUGUGUAUUCCAGAAUAAACCUUCAGGAUGACAAAAUUCAGCAAGUCACUCUACUCUUCGGUGAAUAUUUCUUUGGAAUAUAAUGUAACUGAGAAUAUAAUGGAUUAUAAUGAAUACACAUUCCUAUAUUAUGAUGAUAAUACAUUCCCAGAAAACUGGAAUAAUGAUAUCGUAAGCAUCAUCAUGCUUCUCAUCUGCCUUCCUGGACUUGUGGGGAAUGGAAUUGUCAUUUGGCUUCUUGGCUUCCGCAUUAAAAGGACUCCCUUCACCACAUACAUUUUGAACCUUUCCAUUGCAGAUUUUGCUGUGCUCAAUAAUGAAGUUAUUAGAGAUAUAUUUUCCCUUUUUAGCUUGUUUAAUCCUAACUUUUUGUCUGAUUACUUCAGUUUCUUCUACUAUGCCAUCUUUGCGUUCACAUUCACUGCUAGUCAGUACCUCAUGUCAAUCAUCAGCAUUGACAGGUGUGUGUGUCUCUUCUUCCCACUCUGGCAUCGAUGCCACCGGCCAACACAUUUAUCCACUGCCUUGUGUGUCAUUGUCUGGAUCUUCAGCUUCUUAACUACUGCUAUAAGUCACACUCUCUCAUUAAAUGGGUAUGAUCACAUAGUGUAUAUACAGUUGAUCUUGAAUGCUGUGGUUUGCAUGCCCAUCAUGUGUGUGUCCACUAUAGCCAUAUUUAUGAAAUUCUGCUUAAGACCACCACAAAAGAAGAAAGGAAAACUGUUAAGAACCAUUUGGCUUACACUUCUCUUCUUUCUCCUCUUUUCUUUUCCAUUUAAUAUCAUUCACGUUUUUUCAAUACCCUGUGAUCAUUAUUGUUUUUUGUAUGAAUAUAGUUACAUGUGUGUCUCUGUAAACAGUGCUAUUAACCCCAUGAGCUAUUAUUUGGUGGGAAGAGAUAAAGGGGGAAGAUCCAACAACCAAAUCAAUAAAGUGUUGCAGAAACUUUUCAAGGAAGAGGAAGACUAUUGCAGAGGGAAUUCAGGAAAUUUGAAAUGAGAGCCAGUUAUAAGCCCCCCCCCCCCCGGGUCAGGGUCAGCCUUUUGUAAAUUUGUUAAAAAUACCUCUUUAUACUUAGAUUUGUUAAAAUAUACAAACACCUUUGAAUAGUAUAAAAAAGGCAUGGGCAAAUUUUGGCCCUCCAGGUGUUUUGGACCUAAACUCCCAUAAUUUCUAGCAGCCAACCAGCUGUUAGAGUCCAAAACACCUGGAGGGCUGAAGGUUUCCCAUGCCUCAUCUAAAGGAAUAUGCAUUAUGGAUGCUAUAUGUUCCUGCUGAUUCACAGAUAACCUAUACAUGCAACAGUCUUCUCUUUUUUUGCUUCUAUUGGGAUAUAGAAUAAUAAUUAUUGUUUUUUUUUUCUUUUAUACUAUACUCAGAAUCUGUACUAUACUUAUAUACUAUACUUAUACUAUACUAUUGUAUCUUUUUCUUUCCCUUUGUAUUUUUUCUCCUAAUCUCAUAUCUGUAUCUCUAAUUUUAGAAUGUAUAUCAUUUAGAAUUAAAUUGCAAACAUCAAAUAUCAAUAAACAAAUAAUCUGAAUAUGGAAAGCACACCAGUUCUAUUGUUUUCUUGUGUGAUCCUACUUAAAGUGACACU